AUGAUCAAUAAUAAUAAUAAUAAUGAUGAUAACUUUGAUGAUAUUGAUUUGGAUGAAAUUUUUAAUGAUUUUAAUGAAAAACAAUCAUCUAUUCAACGACAACCAUUAGCGAAAUAUGAUUUAAAUCAUAAAACAAAUCAAGAUGAUUUGUUUGAAUUUAAUGAAAAAGAUUGUACAGCACCCAAAAUAAAUCGAAAACGAACAAAAACAAUUAGAAAAAUUCAUGCUAAACAAAUGACUAUGUAUGAUUAUGCUUCUAGUGUAUCAUAUAAACAUAAACAAUUUUAUUCAUCAUUGGAUAAUACAACAACAACAAAAACAAUUAUCAAAGGACAAAAACGUUCAUUAACAGAAUAUCCAGCAUUAUCACCGAUUUCAAAAAAAACGAAAACAACUGAAUUUGAUAAUUUAUCAUCAUCAUCAACACCACCAGAUUUUAUUGAUAGUCUUUUACGAUAUCUUGAUGAACGUAGUCGUCAGAAAACAGAACAUUCAAUUAAAGAAGAAAAACCAUUAAACAAUGAUGAGAUAAAAACAAAAGAAAACUAA